AUGACACCGAGGACAGAGGACGACCCAUCGUCCCCAGAAGACCACUUUGACGGCCCCGGCAACUCGCCAGGAGCAGAGGGCAGCAAGAAGCGCAAGCUCAACACUGGCCGCACCUCGCAGGCGUGCACGCGCUGCCGCUCGCUCAAGAUGAAAUGCAUCGGCGCCACCGAUCCACCCGACGUCACCAGUCGCCUGAAGGAACUCGAACACGCCAACGCCCGUUUCGAGAGCCUCAUCGCAAAGCUUCAACAAGGAGGAGGAGGAGGAGGUGUUACUGUUGGGGCGCCAAGCCCCGCGGCGCCUGGACUCGGAGGGGUGGCGGCGGCGUCCCGCUCUGGGGCACUCAACCUCGACUUGGGACUCGACGACGAGGCACCGGACAAUGCACCGGCUACGAGCGACGGCGAGCGCAUUCCAUCCGACUGUCGCGGUGUGUUUGAGGCUCUUGAGAGGCUCAAGGACGAGCUGCCGGCGAGCCUGACGCGGUCGGACGCAUGGGCACCAAGCGCCGUUGCGCGACUUUGGGAAUCUUUCCGGUCCAACAUGCCCGGCCUACACUUCCUAUCCGGUUCACCGGGCCAAGUGUCGUUCAGCAACCCUUCGCCGCUUCUGGCCGUGUCGAUCCUCUACGUCGCGGCAGCCCACUCGCCACUGGCCGAGCUGGCCGCACACCAGCCAACCUACUUCCGAGCUCUCACCCGCGCCAUCGGUACUCUUGCGGUCCCCGACUGCCCCAUUCGCGGAUUGUCCAAGGAUGACGGCGAGGGUAACAUUAUCAGCGGCCGCUUUGACGACCUGCUCGGCAUUAUCCUUGCAGGCUUGCUCGGAGUCGGCUUUGUCGACUCGCUCGGCAUGUGGGUCAACACUGCUUUCCGUCUGCUCCUGGAUGGCAUGACCGAGGAACGCGGAAAGCGCCAGGUCGAGUGGCACGGUCUCUGGGAAGGUCUUCGGACGAUCGAGCUCGAACACUCGUCCUUGCACCUCAUCUGCCCCGCCUUGCCGCGCAACCCCCCGAACCCUCCCUUCUCGCCCGUGGAUCCCACUCCUCAGAAGGACGCUGCCGGGUCGAUCGGCGAGCUCCUUGCCAUCAUGCAGCGGCGCAUGCCCCAGUUUGUCGGCCGCGGGCUGCCUACAGUGUGGGACACGGUGUGCGACCCAGAGCGUCAGCAACUGCUUCCCAUCUCUACGGGCCGCGACGACAUGUCGGCCAUUCGCGCAUGGGCGGGCGAGAUCGAUGCGUGGUACUCGCACGUCGCCACAGAGACGACUGGCUCCAGCCUCUACGUCCGUGCCAUUAUCCUGCUAAACUACCACCUCCACAAGCUGUUUGUUCUGUCAAUCUUCUUCCCGCUCCAGGGCGUGGCGUCAUCGUCCGUCAGCGACCAAGCAGAGCUCCUCGAGUCUUCGCGCGUCGUCCUCAGGAUUGAAGCCAGUGGCUUUGAAGUGUGGAGCAGCUGGGACCUUGUGAUGAUCACCAACGCGUCUCUCAUCCUCCUCCAGGCGUGGGCGGCGGGUGCUGCAGGACAGGAAGACCUGAACCUCAUCCAGCACCACCUCAACCUCCUCACGUGCACGCAGCAGACUCCGCCCAGUCUGCGUCACACCUUGGCCACUCGACUCGAGACUGCCCUGCAGCAAGUGCGCACUCCCGUCCGCCAAGCUGCCAAGACAUUGCCUGGCGAGUCCCCAAACCAGACCGUGUCUGAGAUUGUCGAUACUUGGCAACUGCAGGCAUCCAGUAACGAGCGUGCCAACAACAGCGGCCGCUUCUCGCCCUCACGCUCAGGCUACUUGUUCAUGGACCAGGCUCCAAACCUCGGCAUUCUCCCUGAAUUGCCCUCCUUUAACGUUCCCGAAGCCGACUGGCCGCCGUUCCUGCUCAACUUUUUUGGCGACCAAGAGGCGCAGAAUGGAGGUCAGCAGUUCCAGCAAGGCGGACAGACGGACCAGCUGCAGCAGCAGCAACAAUACCCUCCACAGGGCCCACCACAGCAGCAAACGCAGCAUCGGCAACGACAACAUUCGCACCACCAGGGGCCCACCCAACUGCCCCAACGGCACGGACAAAUCCAAGGCCAGGUCCACCAGGCGCAUGGGGGUCACGGCGGUCACGGUCCGGUUCACGGACAGCACGUCCAUCAACAGGGCCAGAUGUCCCAGGGAUACGGGCAAACCAACGGCGUGAUCCAUGGACCCGUCCACUAA